CAGACUCAAGUCACCUACACUCCUCCUCCUGCUCCUCCACCCAAGGACAACCUCAACACCCAACACCAUGUCUGGCUACUACGGAAACUACUAUGGCGGCCGUGGCUAUGGAUGCUGUGGCUAUGGAGGCCUGGGCUAUGGCUAUGGAGGCCUGGGCUGUGGCUAUGGCUCCUACUAUGGCUGUGGCAUCCGCAGACUGGGCUGUGGCUAUGGCUGUGGCUAUGGCUAUGGCUCACGCUCCCUCUGUGGCUGUGGCUAUGGCUAUGGUUCUGGCUAUGGCUCUGGCUUUGGCUAUUACUACUGAGGACACCAAAGGAGACUGCUCUCCUCU